CGAUAUCGUUCGGGAUCUCUCUUGCAUUCUUACUCAUUCUCUCACUCUCACCUCCUCUUGCGAGCUUGCGACCUCUUGGACAUUCGACAACGCCGCUGCUGCGUACAACCCACUAGUCUAUGCUACCAGCCCUACGCCCUCGGAAGCUUCAUCUUCCUCGCUCCAUUCUUUCCACUUCGCCCGUAACACGCAAAUCACCGGCUCCUCGGCUGUCGUUGCGCCUGUCCUCCACCUUGAGCACAUCUCGGCUCUCCAACACCACGCUUCGUCACGCCCAUACUUCCACAUCUCCCAUUACCCCUGCCAACGGCUUGAUAGUCAACACCAUGCCCUCGACUUCCACCCACUCGCGCGACUACGGCAACUUCAAGCUCCUUCAGAGUAUUGACCUCAAGUAUGCUCCAGUCACCGUGUCCAAGUGGAGGAGUGAAAAGACCGGGUUGACUGUCACACUCGGCAACCACUCGUCCCCUAUCACCAACGGCUACUUUGUCAUCGCCUCUGAGAUCUUUGACGACACCGGCCGACCUCAUACUCUCGAACACCUAAUCUUCCUCGGGUCCAAGCGUUAUCCGUACAAAGGUGUGCUGGACAACCUCGCCAACCGCGCCGGCUCAAAUGGCACAAACGCGUGGACUGCCAACGACCAUACCGCGUACACCAUCAACACGGCAGGCUCAACAGGGUUCCUCAACGUCCUCCCUGUGUUUGUGGACCACAUUCUCCACGCUACUAUGACCGACGCCGGAUUUGUAACCGAGAUUCACCACAUCAACAGUGCAGGCGAGGAUGCCGGCGUCGUGUACUCGGAGAUGCAGGCGCGCGAGAACACUUCGUACGACCGUAUGGCUCUGGAGUUGCAGCGCACCCUCUACCCUCCGACCUCCGCGUAUCGCUCUGAGACGGGCGGUUUGCUCAAGGCGCUCCGUGUGCUGACUGCCGAGCAGAUCCGCGAGUACCAUGGAAAGUACUAUGUCCCCCACAACCUCAAUCUUCAUAUUGACGGUGGCGUCGACGUCCAGGCCCUUUUCAAGGUUCUCAACGAGACGAUUGAGCCAAUGAUUCUUGAGAGCAAGGGCGAGCAGGCCAACGGUACUUUCAAGCCUCCGCCUGGUUGGAAGCGUCCCUUUAUGGAGACGACUACCGCCGAGCCCAUCUCCAUUCGCGAGUCAGUGGUCAAGACCGUCGAGUUUAUGGAGGAGGAUGAGUCAGUUGGCGAGCUCUUCAUCACAUACCUCGGCCCCAAGCCCACUGAUUUCCUCGAGGGGACUGCGCUGGACAUUCUCGGAAGCUACCUCACCUACUCUGCCACGUCGCCAUUGCAGAAGGAGUUUAUCGAGAUCGUUGAGCCGUACGCGACCAGCAUCUAUCUCUACGGUGAGAGCCGAGUGAAUGCGGGCGAGCACGUGGUCAUGUUCAGCGAUGUGCCCACUAAGCACCUCAAUGACCUUCCCAAGCUUUUCUUCGACAAGCUCAAGCGCAUCGUGAAGGACGAGGGCAUUGACAUGACCCGCAUGGCCUCAAUCCUGCGCCGCGAGAAGCGUGCAAUGCUGAACCGUAUGGAGACCUCCAUCUCCAGCGUUCUCGCGGACGUUGUCAUCCAGGACUUCCUGUACGGCGACAAGGAUGGUAAGGACCUUCCUGAGGCGUUUGACGAGCUCAAGGAUUUCGCAAUCCUUGAGUCGUGGACGGCUGAGCAGUGGACGGCGCUUCUCGACAAGUGGUACGCAUCUGCGCCUUCCAUCGCCAUGAUCGGCAAGCCUUCCGCGAAGCUUGCUCGCGAGCUUGAGGAAUCGGAGAAGAAGCGAAUUGCCGAGCAGAAGGAGAACCUGGGCGAAGAUGGCCUCAAGAAGCUCAAGGAGAAGCUUGAAUGGGCGCAAAAGGAGAGCGACAAGCCUAUUCCAUCGGAGAUGCUGACCGUCUUCCCUACUGUCAAACCGUCGGAGCUCACUUGGAUUCCAGUGGAGACUGCGAUCAACAAUGCGAAGAACGGGAAAGCGAGGUGCGAUAACGGCGAAGUUCAGCGCUACAUCGACGCCGACGGCGCCCCUCUUCCGUACGAGGCGCACUUCGCCGAUGUCAAGUCCAACUUUGUCAGCGUGGGCGUGCUCUUCGACACAUCCAAGCUGCCUCAGGAGCUCAUGCCCUACAUGGCCCUUCUCCAAGUUUGCCUCUUCAGCCUUGGCAUCAAGCGCCCGGACGGCACUGAGCUCACUCACGAGGAAGUUAUUAACCAGCUGAACGACCUCACCGUCAGCUCGGGCUCAAAGUUUUCCGUGCGCUCAUGCUUCUCCGAGGCUUUCUCGGUGUUCAUCAAGGUUGAGAAGUCGCAGUACGCCGAGGCCGUCUCUUGGCUCCGCGACGUCCUGCUCAACUCCGUCUUCACCAAGGAGCGCUUGGAGGUUCUCGUCGCCAAGGAGCUCCAGAAUCUGCCUGCCCAGAAGCGUGACGGCGACCAGGUCGCCCGGGAGUGGUGCAACCGUCUCUGCUUUGACAUCGAAAAGUCGACGUCCGAGGCAGCGUCCCUCCUCCACCAGCUUGAAUUCAUCCCACGCAUCUCUGAUGAGCUCAAAGAGUCUCCUCAGAAGGUGAUCAGGGCCAUGGAGACUCUUGUUGAGAAGCUUGUGGAUCCGAGUGUGAUGCGCGUCAAUGUGUACGGCGACAUUCGCACCCUCUCGGAACCGCGGUCGACCCUUGCGAAGUCCUUCAUCCCGGUCAAGGAGGCGAUUGCACUGGAGCCUCUCACAACCUCCGCUGCAACUCUAACGGAGCUCGGCAAGGCUCCUUCGAAGAAGCUUGUCGUUGUGCCCAUGGCUUCCAUCGAGGGCUCUUACUCGUCGCACGCGGCCAAGGGUCCCCGCGGUUGGGAUCACCCCGACGUGCCGGCGCUCAGCGUCGCCCAGUCGGUUCUUAACGCCAUGGAGUCAUAUCUGUGGAAGUCGAUCCGUGGCGCUGGACUCGCCUACGGCGCACACGUCACAAUCGACCAGGAGUCGGGCUUUGUUGGUUUCCGGGUCUACCGGUCGCCUAACGCAAUGACAGCGUUCAUGGAGGCCGGCAAGAUCAUGCGCUCGAUCGCCGAUGGGACGAUGGAGCUGGAUGAGAACGUCAUCGACGCUGCUAAGGCGAGCAUGGUCUACUCGUACGCCCAGAAGUCCGAGACUGUGGGAGCUGCGGCAACGACCGCGUAUCUUGACGAGGUGCUCAAGGGUAUUGGCAAGGAUUGGAGCCAGCACAUGCUGGCUGAGAUCCCUAAGGUCACGAAACAGGAUAUCCGCGCCGCUAUUGGCAAGUACUACGUACCCUUGUUCGACUCCGAAACCUCAAUCGGCGCCGUUGCCGUUAACGCCGGAAAGGCAGACGAGGUUGAGGCCGGAUUCAAGGAGCUUGCAUUUGAGACGGAGCGCCACGAGCUGCCACAGAUUGGCGGUGACGAGGACGCGGACAUGUCUGGCUCUGAGGGGAGCGAGUCGGGAAGUGGAUCGGACAGUGAAGGCGAGCCGAUGGAGGACGUCCGCAGCCCAUAGGCCUGACAUGUAAGACAUUCAUAGCAUGCAACAUCUCUUUUCAUCUACA